CUGCUUCAUUUGUCCGGCUUGGUGGCUUAUUCAACCUUUGUGCUAGCAUGGUCAUCAAACCGUCCUCUCAGAGUAUAGAUGGCCGUGAUACUGUUAGAAGUACUGGUGUUCCUGUCCGUCAAAAACGAAGUUCCAUCACAUUCGACAGUGGUUUGAGGAAACGUCGGAAAUUCGAAACUUCUGGAGGCCCUCAUUCUCCAUUAUCACAACUAGGUGGACACACAAAGCAGGUUAGAAACAACGUUACAACAUCUACUGUUCCUGGUACUGCUCUCUUCCUCGGUGUUGGAGAUACUGGUCAACUUGGUUUGGGACCAGAUGUAACAGAACGCUCAAGACCUGCGCUCCCAAGUGCUACAAGUCUUAAUGCGUUACAAACAACUAAAGAAAAUUCUUUUUCUUAUUUCACACAAAUAUGUUGUGGGGGCAUGCAUUCUGUUUGCCUGACAACUAAUGGUACUAUUGCUACAUGUGGUUGCAAUGAUGAGGGAGCUUUAGGUAGACCAACGGCUACGGAGUCUGGAUCCUGUGACUUGUCUCCAUGUGAUCGCAAUGGUUCUUACCCUAUUGUAGAUGAGUGUCAUCUUGGACUUAUACCGUUUCCAACGAAGGUGAAGAUAGUUAUGGUUUCCGCUGGUGAUAGUCAUACUGCAGCCUUAGAUACCAAUGGUCAAGUAUGGUUGUGGGGAACGUUUCGAGGAGCUAGUGGUCCUAUAGGACUUACACAACCUGGGGAGAUUUGUUCAACUCCGCGACUAUUACUUGCUUAUGCUAUGAACAGUUCCAGUGAAAACAAUGAUGGUGUUUCGAACAAUGAAUCCAAGUUAUCUAAUCGAUCAAUCAAUACAGCGCUUUUAACUUCUAGUACACACGUAGUGAAAAUUGCUUCUGGACAAGACCAUUUGGUUUGUCUGACGGAUGAAGGUCGUCUCUACACUAUGGGAUGUGGUGAACAAGGUCAACUGGGUCGUGUUGCUGAACGAUUUGCUAAGGAUGGUGGUCGUUCAGGGAUUAGCUCAUUACUUCAACCUACUGAAUGUCGAGUUCGUGGGGCCGUCCGUUUUUCCGAUGUAUGGGCAGGAGGUUUCGCUACAUUCGCUCGUUGUCAAAUGACUGGUGCUAUCUAUGCAUGUGGUCUAAAUAAUUAUGGUCAGCUAGCAUUACGCGAUACAACCGGUCAUGGAAAAUCGCUUUCAUGUAAUUCUACAGAAGAGUUUGCUGACAUCGAACUGAAUAUGGCUGAGAAUGCUGAAAAGUUAGUAACUGACCGCCAGGAAGCUGACAGGUCGGAGGCCCAGCUAAUCGCUCGGCAAGGUCCCCUCAUCCAGUUCAUGUUAAUUCGAGCAUUUGGAUUUGAUCCGGAUCAAGAUUGGCGUCAGUUUGCGAUCGGUAUGCAUCAUACACUAGCUUUAAACCAUCUUGGUCAUGUGUACGCUGUUGGUCGACCAGAUUACGGUCGUCUUGGUUUGGGGUGUGAUUUGAAGGGAUCGAAAAUUUCAGUAAACAAACCUACACGCGUGCUUGGUGCACUUAGUGAGUGUGUCUGCUCAUGGAUCGGUUGUGGAGAAGUAUGUUCAUUUGCGGUUGAUACUAAAGGUCUCGCUUACUCCUGGGGUAUGGGUAGCAAUCAUCAACUUGGCCAUGGAGACAAAGAAGAUGACUGUUGGGAACCAGAGUUGAUGGUAGGAAAACAACUAGAAGAUCGUCGAGUUUUAAUGAUUGACGCGGGUGGUCAACAUACUGUUAUGUUAGCUUGCUCUGCUACUCAGCCAAAAGUGAUUGAUAAUGAAGCAGAUAUUGUGAUGGGUGAUUCUAAUCAGCUUCUAAAUGGGACGAACAAAUCUCCUGCAGCCGAAAAACAUGAUGAGGAAAUGUCAGAAGUGAUGUCUGGUCCACUUUCUAAUAAUAAUGUAGAGCAACAUCAGCAAAGUUUAGAAUUAUCCAAAAAUCUUAAGAUGUGUGAUUCUUCCGCUGAUACAUCAGUAGAGCGUAUUUUGAUUCCACCUAUUGGACCUGGUGCCCCACAAAGCAAGCGAAACCGACGUGCAAGUCCUUCGUCUGUAACUGGAAGUACAGGGACGACGUUACUUACUCCUAUUGGGUUUAGCUGUGAAAGUACAACAGGAAGUACAGCAGGGGCCACAAUCAAUAGCAGCGUUCAUAGUUCUGCUGUUUCUGAUACUUGCUCCGUUGGAUCAUGUGCAUCGACAAGUAGUACAAGUAGUCAAUUGAAUAGUGCUAAAAGUACCGAUGGUGGUGGAAGUAGCCGAUGUAGUUCUUUUGACAAUUACAGUGUACAGAGUAGUUUAUUGUUAGUACCAUCCACGGAAGAUAAAUCCCGUAAAGGCACAUGAUACCCUGUCCUUAUUCUCAGUAUUAAAAAAAAUCUACUUAGUAUUAUUAUUUUCAUUAAUCCUUAAGGUUGUUUAUGAUACGUGGUAUCAAUUAUAUUUAGUCGUCAUUUUUCAAACUGCUCAAAUUUAUUUCAUCUCUAACCUUGUGGUUAUACACAUUCAUCGUCUUUUAGUUCACUGUUUUUGUGGGGAAUUUCCAUACUGAAUUUAUCCCAUGUGAUGUUUUGUCUUGGUUUUAUUUGUAAGAAAUUAAAGAUGAACUUACUCUUUAUGUAAUCCAUUGUUUCCAGACAACUUUCACUCAAACAAUUUCAGGCAACUAACUGAUAAACUCACUUGUUCGUUUUAUAUGUAUAAUGUUUAUUUUGUACACUACAUCUAUUUGUAUACUUUAAUCUUUGUUAAAAAUUUGGAAAAUAAGAAAAACUUUAAAUAUCCUAAUGUAUACUUUGAAUGUUAAUCUAACGUUUGUUUUAGUGAUUGCUUGUAUGUAUGCUUAUGUAGUUAUAUUAUAAUAAUAAUUCAUAUUCAUUUGAACGUUAA